CUUCCUGGCCGGCCUCCGCCGCGCGCGCUCCCGCCGGCCCCUCCCCGGCGCUGGCGGCGACGGGCGGUUGGAGCAGGCUGGCGGCCCGCGGCUCAUGGCUGCGCCGGCGCUGGGCGUCUUGCUGGGGGCGCUGCUGGCGCUGCUGGGCGGCCUCUACCUGGGCAGGUACCUUCUCUACAUCCUGAUCAUCAACUGGUGCCGCCGGCGGCUCCAGGCUGAGUUGAAGAUCAGCUCUUUCGGGUUUUUCUGGAUCCACAACCUCAGCCUAAAGUUCCAGGAAGAACAGCAGACAGUGGAAAUUGACAGUAUCUGGGUCUCCAGUAAGCUCUUGAACCAUGAUGUGCCGCGCUACCUGGCGUUGUGCUUCGGAGAUGUGCGCAUCCGCAUGGACCUCCAGAAGGCACCUGGGUUUCAGCCGCCCGCACUCGAGGGGCCGACACAGGAAGAUGCUGAGCCGAGCAAGGUGCUAUCCCUUGGGCCCUCUCUUCUGCGACUGCUUAGCCAGCUGUUCUCUGUUCACGUGAAUUCCGUCAACAUCAUGGUCCUGCAUGUGGCAGCGUCCGAGUCUCUGUGGCAUGUUCAGAUCGCAAGAACCUCCCUCCUUCUGGGCUGCGAUGGCCGAUGUAUGGCCUGUGAGGUGACCUUCAGUCAAGUGAACAGCAAAGUGCUCAAGAGCAGCCAACAGGUGAGAGAGCAGCGUAAAGCGAGCCCUGCGGUGGAGUCUGGUGGCUGGUACCGCUGUUGGAAUUGCAAAUCCAAAACAGGCCCCUACCCCAGCUCACCAACCUCAGCUGAGGUGUCUCUGGCGCUCACCGUCUCCCUGGACAUCUGCAUGAGGAAAAGGCAGCUGCAGGGGGUGGCCGUUGGAGUCUGGGGCACCCACGCUGAGCUGCAUGAGGGGCUGUUCCUCAGCGAGCUUCUAUGGAGAAUAGGAGGCAGCACCACAGAGGCCGCAGAUCCCUUGAAAGAUCCUGAGCUGCCCCCGUCGACGCUGAGCUUGGCCAGCCUGCAGUACGCGCCCUCCGGGGUGAGGGUGGAGCUGGAGAACACCACCGUGGUCCUCUCCAUGAACAGUCAAAAGAGGCACCUCACCUGGACCUUGAAACGGCUGCAGUUCGUGUCCCAGUGUGACCGGGAGCAGAUGCCUCUCCGCAGCUUCACACCCAGCUGCGACUUGCCCCAGAUGAACGUCGAGAUUGUGCUAGAAGAUGGGUUGCUUCUCUCUCAAAGCCGCCAACGGAUCGUGUGUCUCAGCAUGCUUCAAGCGAGCUUGCAGGUUAUGGCCAUAGAUAUCUCAGUAGUCGUGACGCUCAACACUUGCAUUGUCCACUACCGACACCAGGAGUUUUCGCAGUGGCUGGCUAUGCUUGCUUUAGCCCAGCAGCAAGCCUGGUUGCCAACUCCGGCCAGCAGUGGUGGCGGCGGCAGCAGAAGGAUGCCUCAGAUCCUGGCGACCAUCAUCCUCAGUGCCUCGAUCUCCAACGUCAGCCUUUCCGUGCAGCUGGGAGACAUGCUGCCCUUUGCCUUUGGCUUCCACUCCGUCUCUGUAGAUUACCAGCACCUGCGCCCUCAGAGCGUGCACCAGCGGGCUGUCCUGGUGGUCGACCACUUCUGCUGGCGCGUGGGGGCUGACUCGCACAUCCAGCGGGCCCCGCACCCUCCGAACAUGCAUGUGUGGGGAGAGGCCCUCAUUCUUGACUCUUUCAGCGUGCAAGGCAGCUACAACCAACCCCUGGGCACCUCCAGUGCCCACGCAGACACCCUCUUCUUGGACUGCACCCUUCGUGGCCUGCAGGUGGAGUGUUCAGACACCUGUUUGGAGUGCCUCUCCAGAGUCCUGUCGCUGUUGCACCCCAGGAAUGCGGAGACCAAGGAAUCCUUGGAGGUACUUCACGCCUCCCUGGGAGAGGACCUUGGCAUCCUCUGGAAAGUCGAUUUAUGGCUACCAAUCUUGAUCCUCUUUGAUCUGCAUGUGAGCUCCCUGGUGGGGGCGGCAGAGGUCCGUGUGGAUACCCUGACUGUGCUCGGCAGUGCCGAGAGCUGUACCGUCAGUUUUCACGGGGUGGCGCUAGCCCUGGUGAAGAGCGUCACGGAAAAGAUGCAGGCCUGCUGCAAAGCCCCGGCUAUCCCGAACCCCGUGGCCAGCCUCUCUGCGUUGUCCGUCACAUAUCGUAGCAGCAUUUGUUUCUUGGAGGUGCAGUGCGGAGAAAGCCUGGGCAUCCUGUGGAGCCCACCUGACCACAUGUACCUGUUUCAUCACUUCCUGGCUACCCUGCAGUGUUACAAAAUGCUCCAGGGCAUGCUGCAGACCACACGUGCCCCGGCCCUUCAGGGCCCCGAAGGUACAGACGAGGCUUCCGGAACAGAGGGCUUCCCCUCCAAGAGGUUCCUCGGCCUCACGCUGGAGCUGAGCUCCCUUAAGGUGACGGCCUUUGUCUCCGAGAUCCACUACCUGAGCCUGGCGGCCGAGCGGGUCCAGGUGAACCGGCAUGGCGCCUCCCUCCACGCCUACUGCCCAGGCCUCGCCGCAGGCUUUGAUGGCAACGGCAUCUUCGCCUUCAAGGAGGUGGAAGUGCAGGCCUUGCCCGAACUGGAAGAGAUGAUACUGCACCGCGGGCCCUUCCCCGCGUUGACUUCCUUGCGUAACCGCGCCUGGGUCUUCUCCUGCUCCAGCGUGGCCGUGGAGUUUCCCUACCAGUACGACUUCUCCGCCACUCUGGACGAGGCGCUGGGCGUGCAGAAGUGGCUGAAGGGCCUCCACUACGCCAACCGGGACGCCGACCGCGAGCCGGUGCUGCCGCCGGAUCUCCUCCUGAAGGUCCGGCAGUUCUCCUGGGUCUUCCUGGACGACGUCUUCGAGGUGAAGCUGCGGGACAACUACGAGCUGAUGAAGGACGAGAGCAAGGAGAGCGCCAAGCGCCUGGCCCUGCUGGACGCCAAGGUGGCCGCCCUGCGCAAGCAGCACGGGGAGCUGCUGCCGGCCCGCAAGAUUGAGGAGCUGUACGCCUCUCUGGAGAAGAAGAACAUUGAGAUCUACAUCCAGCGCUCCCACCGCCUCUACGGCAACACGCCCAUGCGCAAGGCCCUGCUCACCUGGACCUUGUCCGAUCUCGAGCUGGUGGCCUUGGCCGACCAGUCCUUCCACGGGGCGGAACGUGUCCUGCAGCAGGUCCGGGAGCUGGAUGAUGUCAGCCCCUUCCCUCCUGAAGGCCUGGAGCUUAUCACCCACUGGUGCCGCAUGGUCAAAGGCAGCGUCAAGACCUUCCUUGUGCGUAUCCGGGAUUACCCCCGCUACUUGUUUGAGAUCCGAGACUGGAGCCUGUCUGGGCGACUGGCGGGAGCCGAGCAACGGGGUCCGCCGUGUUCUCGCCGGCGGCAAGUGCUGCAGCUUGGGGCGCCGUGGGGGGACGUGACCGUGGAGAGGAACUUGCCCCCCUUGAAAUUUUACCAUGACUUCCACUCUGAGGUGUUCCAGUACACCAUUGUGUGGGGGCCGUGCUGGGACCCUGCCUGGACGCUCAUCGGGCAAGCCGUCGACCUGCUGGCCAAGCCCUCGGAUGACCCCAGCCCUCCGCUGCCCUGGUGGGACAAGAGCCGCCUACUUUUCCACGGCAACUGGCGCAUGGAGAUCGAGCAGGCCAAUCUCCACCAGGUGGCCACGGAGGACCCUUACAACACCACUGAGAACAUGCACUGGGAGUGGAGCCGUCUUUCCUUUCAUUGGACGCCCAGCCAGUUUGUCUUCCGGGGAGACUUGGAUGUGAAUGUCCGCACAGCCUCCAAAUACGACGACUGCUGCUUCCUCCAUCUGCCCCAGCUGUGCAUGACGCUGGAUCUGACGUGGUUGUGCCACGGGAACCCCCACGACCACCACAGCGUGGAAGCGCGCCCCUGAACUCGUGCCUGAAGCGCCUCAGGGCUGGCAGCACGCAUUCCCACCGGCGCGUUUCCGGCCCGCAGCCUCAACCUCUCCAUCCGCAUGGAUCUGACGCGGCACAGCGGGGAGCCCUCCCAGCCCCGCAUCCUGCUCUACAGCAGCACCCUCCGCUGGAUGCAGAACUUCUGGGCCAUCUGGACCAGCGUCACCCGGCCCAUCUGCCGCGGGAAGCUCUUCGGCAACAUGAAGCCCAGCAAAAAGAAGCUGGGGCAGCACUACCGGCAGCUCUCCUUCACCGCCCGCUUCCCCAAGCUCCAGGUGCAUUAUUGGGCCUCCUUCGCCCAGCAACGUGGCAUCCAACUGGAAUGUGCCCAGGGGCACAUCUUCACUCGUGGCACCCAGCGGCUCAUUCCCCAGGCUGGCACCGUGAUGCGGCGCCUCAUCUCCGAGUGGAGCAUCACCCAGAUGGUAAGCGACUUGAGCCUGGUCACGGUGCACCUGAUGGCCUCCACCUGCGACGAGAACGCAGACCACCGCCUCGACCUGCUGGUGAAGAAGACCCACCUGUUGAGUCUCUCGUCCCUCACCUAUCAGCGCCACAGUGCCCGCACGGCCGAGGAGCCGUUUCUCACAAGGGAUGGAGACCCACGCCUUUCACACUCUCACCAGCUGUAAGCAGUUGGUCUCAUGUGGCUCUCCCUGAAUCACCAGUCUAAAUCAGACAAUUUUGGCCUCUACGAUGGCUACAAGAAGGCCGCAGUGCUCAAGCGCAACCUCUCCACGGAGGCGAUGAAAGGCCUCAAGAUUGACACCCAGCUGCCCACCAAGAAGCUCAAGCGGGGGCCACUCCCCAGCCCUCAGCCUCCGCUGCGUGCCAGCCACAACCGGACAGAGCGAAGCCCCUCUGGAGGCGCCUACAUGCUGCAGAAGCUCAUUGAAGAGACGGACAAGUUCGUGGUCUUCACGGAGGAGGAGUCCGGGGUGAAAUAAUGAAGUUUAAGUGGAUCGUCACCUGCCAAGAUCCACUCCAUUAUCUUCAACCGCAACUGCCUUAUUGAACUCGUCAACUGCCAGAUGGUCCUUCGCGGAGCGGAGACGGAGGGCUGCGUGAUCGUCUCGGCCGCCAAGGCCCAGCUGCUCCAGUGCCAGCACCACCCGGCCUGGUAUGGGGAUACGCUCAAGCAGAAGACCUCCUGGACGUGCCUGCUGGAUGGGAUGCAGUACUUCGCCACCACUGAAAGCAGCCCUUCGGAGCACGAGGAUAUGCAGCUCUGGCUGGAGGUCAAGAACAUCGAGGAGCACCGACAGCGAAGCCUGGACUCUGUGCAGGAGCUGAUGGAAAGCGGGCAAGCGGUGGGUGGAAUGGUGAGCACUACCACAGACUGGAACCAGCCCCACGAGGUUCAGCCGACGCAGCAAGUCCAGCGGAUCAUCUCGCGUUGCAGCUGCCGGAUGUACUACAUCAGCUACAGCCACGACAUCAACCCGGAGUUGGCCGCCCAGAUCCAGCCGCCCCAGCUGCCUGCGAACCAGGACAAGGACGACUUGCUCAAGAAGCAGGAGGGGGCUGCGGAUACCUUCACUCUCAUCCACCAUGACCUGGAGAUCUCCACCAAUCCCGCCCAGUAUGCCAUGAUCCUUGAUAUCGUCAACAACCUCCUGCUGCACGUGGAGCCCAAGCGCAAGGAGCACAGCGAGAAAAAGCAGCGCGUCCGCUUCCAACUGGAGAUCUCCAGCAACCCCGAGGAGCAGCGCAGCAGCAUUCUGCACCUGCAGGAGGCCGUCCGCCAGCACGUGGCUCACAUCCGGCACCUGGAGAAGCAGAUGUACUCCAACAUGAAGUCCCUGCAGGGCGACAGCAGGAACGAGGCUCUGCUGGAGGCCAAUCAGCAGCUGCAGCAGCAACUAAGCAGGGAAAAGGCGGAACUCCAGCGGGAGAGCGAGGAGCUGAAUAUCCUCAUCAGGUGCUUUAAAGAUUUCCAGCUUCAACGUGCCAACAAGAUGGAACUGCGCAAGCAACCGGAGGACGUCAGCGUGGCCCGGCGCACCGAGUUCUACUUCGCCCAAGCCCGAUGGCGCCUCACCGAAGAGGACGGGCAGCUGGGCAUUGCCGAGCUGGAACUCCAGCGCUUCCUUUACAGCAAGGUGAACAAGUCGGAUGACACCGCUGAGCACCUCCUGGAACUGGGCUGGGUCACCAUGAACAACCUUCUGCCCAACGCUAUUUACAAGGUGGUGUUGCGACCUCAGAGCGCGUGCCAGUCUGGCCGCCAGCUGGCUCUGCGGAUCUUCAGCAAAGUCCGGCCCCCGGUGGGAGGCAUUUCCAUCAAAGAGCACUUUGAGGUCAACGUGGUGCCCCUCACCAUUCAGUUGACACACCAGUUCUUCCAGCGGAUGAUGGGUUUCUUCUUCCCGGGACGCAACGUGGAAGAGGAGGAGGUGGGGGACGAGGAGGACAAGUCGAAACUGGUGACCACAGGAAUGCCGGUGGUGAAGCCGCGGCAACUGAUGGUCUCCGAAGACUCACUGGGGCCGGGGAAAGGCAUGGCUCAGGGGCUGAACCGGACGUCUGGGGUUAGGCGCUCAUUCCGCAAGACGCCCGAGCACCCCGUGGAUGACAUUGACAAAAUGAAGGAGCGAGCCGCCAUGAACAACUCAUUCAUCUACAUCAAGAUCCCCCAAGUGCCGUUGUGCGUCAGCUAUAAGGGGGAGAAGAGCAGCGUGGACUGGGGGGACCUGAACCUGGUGCUGCCGUUCUUGGAAUAUCACAACAACACGUGGACGUGGCUGGACUUCGCCAUGGCAGUGAAGCGCGACAGCCGCAAAGCCUUGGUAGCGCAGGUCAUCAAAGAGAAGCUGCGUCUCAAGCCGGCCACAGGUUCGGAGUCCCGGGGCAAGCAAGAGAACAAGCUGGAAGGCCAUAUCCAGCAGCAGGAAGAAGACGAGAAGGCCCGGCUGCUGAUCGGCUUGAGCGUCGGCGAGAAAAACCCUGGCAAGAAAUCCAUUUUCAGCAGGCACAAAUGAAAUUGCACACGCAUUCCAUCCCGGCUGGCCAGGGAAGGAGGGAAAGACGGACGUGUCCAGUAACUGACUGUGUUCCCCCCGACCACCCGAGGUCCAAAGACUCAGCCGCACUCAAAGAAGCUCGGCUUGGCUCCAGCAGUGGACCUGGAGGCGGAAGCCACACGUGCUGGGCGGGCAGACUGGCCUGUCGGUGUUGCCAGAGUCUUCCCGCAGCAGGUCAGGCAGGCGGCUUUACGAAUUGUUGGUUGGGAAACGGGGAGCAGAAGAGUUUAAAUAAGAGAGUUUAUUAUUUGGA